AUGAAAAUGUUCAGGUCAAUAUUUGUCAUUUCUCAAGUCUUUGCCAAUACAUCCUCUGGAGCCCAGACUGAAAUCCAACAGGAACCAGGAAGCAAAUACACUGAGGUUGUUCAGCAGAAACAAAACAUUUCAUCUAAGGUGAACAUCAUCCAGCCAAUGCUGACAAAUCCAGUAAUAACAUCUUCCAAUCCUGCUCACAAUGGCCGCGUGUGCAGCACAUGGGGCAACUUCCACUUCAAGACCUUUGACGGAGACAUAUUCUCCUUCCCUGGGCUCUGUAACUAUGUUUUUGCAUCCCAUUGCAAUGCUCCCUAUGAGGAUUUCAACAUCCAGAUUAGGCGCACAGUGGUGGAAAAUGCUCCAACAAUCAACCGUAUCACCAUGAAACUUGAAGGUGUUGCUGCUGAACUAACAAAGGAUGUUGUCAUGAUCAACAGCAACAGAGUUCAACUGCCAUACAGCCAAUCUGGAAUUAUGAUAGAGAAAAGCAGCAUUUAUGUGAAAGUUGCCAGCAAAAUGGGUAUUGUGUUAAUGUGGAAUGAAGAUGACAGUAUCCUGCUAGAAUUGAAUGAGAAAUAUGCCAAUCAGACCUGUGGACUCUGUGGGGACUUCAAUGGCUUUCCAAUUUACAAUGAGUUCUAUUCAAACAAUAUUAAGAUGACACCCUUGCAGUUUGGGAAUAUGCAGAAAAUGGAUGGGCCAACAGAACACUGUGAAGAAUCUACUUCUACCCUGCCAGAUAAUUGCACUGAUAAUUCUGAUGACAUAUGCCAGAAAACAUUGACCAGCUCUGCAUUUGCAGAGUGCAAUGACCUAGUUGAUGUUAGAGAGUACAUUAUGGCUUGCCAAGAUGACUUGUGCCGCUCUGAAGAGUCUAAAAAUGCCUCAUGUAUCUGUGACACCUUUGCUGAAUACUCUCGGCAGUGUGCUCAUGCUGGUGGGCAUCCUCUGAACUGGAGAACCUCAAAACUGUGCUCCAAGAAGUGUCCUUCCAACAUGCAGUACCAGGAGUGCAGCUCCCCCUGUGCUGACACAUGCACCAACCCUGAACGAUCUGAGUUUUGUGAAGAACACUGCAUGGAUGGUUGUUUCUGCCCCCCAGGGACUGUAUUUGAUGACAUCAACAAUUCUGGCUGCAUUCCCCCUCAGCAGUGCUCCUGUGUUUACAAUGGCAAGACCUACGCUACAGGAACUUCUUUUUCAGAGCAGUGCCAUUCCUGUACCUGUAAUGGAGGCCAAUGGAGUUGCCAAGACAUGUCAUGCCCAGGAACAUGUUCACUAGAGGGAGGUUCACACAUUUCCACAUAUGAUAAAAAACAUUACAGUCACCAUGGAGACUGCACUUACGUCCUUUCUAAGCACUGCAAAGAUGAAACAUUCACCAUCCUGGUAGAACUACGCAAAUGUGGCCUAACAGACACUGAGACAUGCUUAAGGACAGUGACCCUCAACAUGAAUAAAGGACAAACUCUCAUUGAGGUCAAACCUGAUGGUGGUGUGUUUAUGAACUCGAUCUACACCCAGCUGCCCAUUUCAGCAGCUAAUGCCACUGUGUUCAGACCUUCAUCAUUCUUCAUCAUCAUGCAGACAAACUUUGGCGUCCACCUUGAAAUCCAAAUCAUACCCAUCAUGCAAGUGUUUGUGCGACUGAAUCCUAUUUUCAAAGACCAGACCUGUGGUCUCUGUGGAAAUUUCAAUAAUAUCCAAACUGAUGACUUCAGGGUAAUGAGUGGAAUAAUUGAAGGAACAGCAACAGCAUUUGCUAAUACGUGGAAAACCCAGGCUUCAUGUCCUAAUAUCCAGCACAGUUUUGAGAACCCUUGUGCACUCAGCAUUGAUAAUGAAAAAUAUGCUCAGCAUUGGUGUGGACUACUAACUGACAGCAAAGGACCUUUUGCUGAUUGUCACUAUGCAGUGAAUCCCUCUGUUUACCACACGAACUGCAUGUUUGACACAUGUAACUGUGAAAAUAGUGAGGAUUGUCUGUGUGCAGCCCUGUCUUCCUAUGUGAGAGCUUGUGCUGCAAAAGGACUCCAGCUGCGUGGAUGGAGGACUGAUGUCUGCUCAAAAUACAGCACCUCAUGCCCCAAAUCCCUAAACUACAGCUAUACCAUUGCUUCCUGUCAACCCACUUGUCGGUCUCUGAGUGACCCCGAUGUCACAUGCAACAUUAAGUUUGUCCCAGUUGAUGGCUGCACCUGUGUAGAUGGAACCUACAUGGAUGAGAAUGGCAAAUGUGUGCCUGCUAAUGAAUGCCCCUGCUACUACAGAAGAUCUCCCAUACCACUUGGAGAAGUUGUCCAUGAAAAUGGGUUGGUAUGCACUUGCAUCCAGGGAAGACUGAAUUGCAUUGGAGCACCCAAUCCAACUCCAGUCUGUGAAUCUCCCAUGGUCUACUUUGACUGUAGAAACAUCACUGCAGGAGCAACGGGAGCAGAAUGUCAAAAAAGUUGCCAGACUCUUGAUAUGCAGUGUUAUAGCACACAAUGUGUAUCUGGCUGCAUGUGCCCAGCUGGGCUCGUGUUAGAUGGGAAUGGUGGUUGUAUUCCUGAAGAGGAAUGUCCAUGUAUUCACAAUGAAGCCAUGUAUCAGCCUGAGGAAAAGAUCAACGUUGACUGUAACACCUGUGUAUGCAAGAAUAGGAAGUGGGAAUGCACCAAAGAUCAAUGUCUGGGCACUUGUGUUGUUUAUGGAGAUGGUCAUUAUAAUACCUUUGAUGACAAAAGGUUCAGCUUCAACGGAAACUGUGAAUACACACUAGUCCAGGACCACUGUGGGAAGAGUGGCACAGCCAAUGGGACCUUCAGGGUUAUCACUGAAAAUAUUCCCUGUGGCAACACUGGGACCACUUGCUCAAAAUCUAUCAAAGUUUUCUUAGAGAGCUAUGAACUGAUACUUGGUGAGGAGCAUGUCAGUGUCAUAAAGAGAGGACAAAAUGAUGAGGUGCCAUACACAGUCCGCUAUAUGGGUAUGUACUUGGUAAUUGAGACCACAAGCGGACUGAUCCUUAUGUGGGACAAGAAAACCAGCAUCUUCAUCAAGCUCAGCCCUGAUUUUAAGGGCCAGAUCUGCGGCCUCUGUGGAAAUUAUGAUGGCAAUGGCAUCAAUGACUUUACCACAAGGAGUCAGUCUGUGGUAGAGAAUGUCCUAGAGUUUGGAAACAGCUGGAAAGUAUCCUCUACAUGUCCUGAUGCUUACAGCAUAAAGGACCCAUGUUCUACCAACCUUUAUCGAAAGUCCUGGUCAGAGAAACAGUGUAGCAUCAUCAACAGCAACAUCUUUGCUGCCUGUCACUCUCAGGUUGAACCAGCAAAAUAUUACCAAGCAUGUGUGACAGAUGCUUGUGCAUGUGACACUGGCGGAGACUGCGAUUGCUUUUGUACAGCGGUAGCUGCGUAUGCUCGAGCAUGUAGUGAAGUUGGUGUCUGCAUAGCCUGGAGAACCCCAUCAAUCUGUCCACUGUUCUGUGAUUACUACAAUCAACAAGGGGAAUGUGAAUGGCACUAUAAGCCUUGUGGAGCCUCCUGUAUGAAGACCUGUAGGAACCCAAGUGGAAAAUGCAUCCAUAACUUGCCAGGUUUAGAAGGCUGCUACCCUAACUGCCCGCCAAACAAGCCAUAUUUUCAUGAGGAUCAGAUGAAGUGCGUUAGUCUCUGUGACUGUUAUGAUAAUGAAGACGGAAAGAUAUAUAGACGGGAUGAAUGUCAUGUGUGUGAAUGCACAUCAGAAGGUUUACAGUGCAAGUUUGAUGAUAAAGAAACGACAACUGCAACACCAGUGACAACUGUAUGUGUGAAGAGUGUAUGUGCAUGGUCAGAAUGGUAUGACAGCACACAUCCUGAAGACAAAGAGGACAGUGGAGAUGAUGAAACAUUUGAAAAUCUCAGAGCUAAAGGCUACACUGUGUGUGAAAACCCAAACGGAGUUCAAUGCAGAGCCAAAAACCACCCAGAUACAGAAAUAUACAAUCUUAACCAAACAGUACAAUGUAAUCAAAGCAGAGGAUUAAUAUGCAAUAACAAAGACCAACAAAAUAAGCAGUGCUAUAAUUAUGAAAUCAGAAUAUCAUGCUGCAGCUACAAACCAUGUUCAGAAAUACAAACUACAACGCUAAGAAACACAAAAGAAUUCACAACAACUACUGCUGUAAAAUCAACACCACUUACAAUAAAUACGAAGAUAAAACAAACACAAACACAAAGAACUGAAGCACAAAAAACCGAAGUACCUAAAACAUCAAUAGAACACAGAGAAAGCACAACUCAUCUGACUGAAACUUCAGUUACAGAAAAUACAUCACAAGUCUCAACAACAGGUUACCAGACCACGGCAACUCCAUCAGAAAUCACCACUGUGGGAACCCAGAAACAAGCAUCACCCACUACUGCCACCAGCCUCUCCCAGCCAGCAAGGACAACCACUACUGCCACCACGGUUGUCCCCAGUAACACUGCCCCGCCAAUACAAGGCACGACCGUCAUCACAACCACCAGCAGGGCCAGCACCGCCAAGACCUCUCCCCCGCUGACAGAAAGCACAACCACCAUCAUCACACCCACUCCAACAGCCCCCACCUCAGCCAGUAGCACUACCAGCACCUCCAGGACCACCACACCAACCACCACAACGUCCAAAGCCACAUCUGUGCCCACAAAAACCUCCUCUGUGAAAACGCAGACUCCAACAUCACCCACUACUGCCACCAGCCUCUCCCAGCCAGCAAGGACAACCACUACUGCCACCACGGUUGUCCCCAGUAACACUGCCCAGCCAAUACAAGGCACGACCGUCAUCACAACCACCAGCAGGGCCAGCACUACCAAGACCUCUCCAUCUCUAACAGGAGGCACAACCACCGUCAUCACAUCCACACCAACAGCAUCCACCUCACCAACCACCUUCACUGCUAGCACCUCCAAGACCACAACCAGCUGCCUGCAGCACUGUGCCUGGACGCAGUGGUUUGACUUGGAUUCCCCUAGCCCCGGUAGCCAAAACGGAGACAUAGAGACGCUUGCAAAAAUCCGAGCUGCUGGGUAUGCACUGUGCGACGAGCCGCAAGACAUCAUGUGCCGUGCUAAAGAUUACCGUAAUAGGAGUCUGGACAAACUGGGACAGAAAAUUGAGUGCAGCCUUGACACUGGGCUUGUGUGCAGAAAUAAGGAUCAGAUCAAAAAGUACCCCAUGUGCUUUGACUACGAAAUCAAGGUGCUGUGCUGUGACCGUAACCACUGCGAGACAACAUCAGAAACAACAGGCACCACUGCAGGCUUCUCCACCACAUCUGCUCUUGCAGAAACCUCCACCACAAACACCAAAACUCCUGCACCACCAACUACUGCCUCCACCCUCCCACAGACAGCAAUGACAACCGCUACUGCAUCCACGGUUGUCCCCAGUAACACUGCCCCGCCAAUACAAGGCACGACCGUCAUCACAACCACCAGCAGGGCCAGCACCGCCAAGACCUCUCCCCCGCUGACAGAAAGCACAACCACCAUCAUCACACCCACUCCAACAGCCCCCACCUCAGCCAGUAGCACUACCAGCACCUCCAGGACCACCACACCAACCACCACAACGUCCAAAGCCACAUCUGUGCCCACAAAAACCUCCUCUGUGAAAACGCAGACUCCAACAUCACCCACUACUGCCACCAGCCUCUCCCAGCCAGCAAGGACAACCACUACUGCCACCACGGUUGUCCCCAGUAACACUGCCCCGCCAAUACAAGGCACGACCGUCAUCACAACCACCAGCAGGGCCAGCACCGCCAAGACCUCUCCCCCGCUGACAGAAAGCACAACCACCAUCAUCACACCCACUCCAACAGCACCCACCUCAGCCAGUAGCACUACCAGCACCUCCAGGACCACCACACCGACCACCACACCAACCACUACAACAUCCAAAGCCACAUCUGUGCCCACAAAAACCUCCUCUGUGAAAACGCAGACUCCAACAUCACCCACUACUGCCACCAGCCUCUCCCAGCCAGCAAGGACAACCACUACUGCCACCACGGUUGUCCCCAGUAACACUGCCCAGCCAAUACAAGGCACAACCGUCAUCACAACCACCAGCAGGGCCAGCACUACCAAGACCUCUCCAUCUCUAACAGGAGGCACAACCACCGUCAUCACAUCCACACCAACAGCAUCCACCUCACCAACCACCUUCACUGCUAGCACCUCCAAGACCACAACCAGCUGCCUGCAGCACUGUGCCUGGACGCAGUGGUUUGACUUGGAUUCCCCUAGCCCCGGUAGCCAAAACGGAGACAUAGAGACGCUUGCAAAAAUCCGAGCUGCUGGGUAUGCACUGUGCGACGAGCCGCAAGACAUCAUGUGCCGUGCUAAAGAUUACCGUAAUAGGAGUCUGGACAAACUGGGACAGAAAAUUGAGUGCAGCCUUGACACUGGGCUUGUGUGCAGAAAUAAGGAUCAGAUCAAAAAGUACCCCAUGUGCUUUGACUACGAAAUCAAGGUGCUGUGCUGUGACCGUAACCACUGCGAGACAACAUCAGAAACAACAGGCACCACUGCAGGCUUCUCCACCACAUCUGCUCUUGCAGAAACCUCCACCACAAACACCAAAACUCCUGCACCACCAACUACUGCCUCCACCCUCCCACAGACAGCAAUGACAACCGCUACUGCAUCCACGGUUGUCCCCAGUAACACUGCCCCGCCAAUACAAGGCACGACCGUCAUCACAACCACCAGCAGGGCCAGCACCGCCAAGACCUCUCCCCCGCUGACAGAAAGCACAACCACCAUCAUCACACCCACUCCAACAGCCCCCACCUCAGCCAGUAGCACUACCAGCACCUCCAGGACCACCACACCAACCACCACAACGUCCAAAGCCACAUCUGUGCCCACAAAAACCUCCUCUGUGAAAACGCAGACUCCAACAUCACCCACUACUGCCACCAGCCUCUCCCAGCCAGCAAGGACAACCACUACUGCCACCACGGUUGUCCCCAGUAACACUGCCCCGCCAAUACAAGGCACGACCGUCAUCACAACCACCAGCAGGGCCAGCACCGCCAAGACCUCUCCCCCGCUGACAGAAAGCACAACCACCAUCAUCACACCCACUCCAACAGCCCCCACCUCAGCCAGUAGCACUACCAGCACCUCCAGGACCACCACACCAACCACCACAACGUCCAAAGCCACAUCUGUGCCCACAAAAACCUCCUCUGUGAAAACGCAGACUCCAACAUCACCCACUACUGCCACCAGCCUCUCCCAGCCAGCAAGGACAACCACUACUGCCACCACGGUUGUCCCCAGUAACACUGCCCAGCCAAUACAAGGCACGACCGUCAUCACAACCACCAGCAGGGCCAGCACUACCAAGACCUCUCCAUCUCUAACAGGAGGCACAACCACCGUCAUCACAUCCACACCAACAGCAUCCACCUCACCAACCACCUUCACUGCUAGCACCUCCAAGACCACAACCAGCUGCCUGCAGCACUGUGCCUGGACGCAGUGGUUUGACUUGGAUUCCCCUAGCCCCGGUAGCCAAAACGGAGACAUAGAGACGCUUGCAAAAAUCCGAGCUGCUGGGUAUGCACUGUGCGACGAGCCGCAAGACAUCAUGUGCCGUGCUAAAGAUUACCGUAAUAGGAGUCUGGACAAACUGGGACAGAAAAUUGAGUGCAGCCUUGACACUGGGCUUGUGUGCAGAAAUAAGGAUCAGAUCAAAAAGUACCCCAUGUGCUUUGACUACGAAAUCAAGGUGCUGUGCUGUGACCGUAACCACUGCGAGACAACAUCAGAAACAACAGGCACCACUGCAGGCUUCUCCACCACAUCUGCUCUUGCAGAAACCUCCACCACAAACACCAAAACUCCUGCACCACCAACUACUGCCUCCACCCUCCCACAGACAGCAAUGACAACCGCUACUGCAUCCACGGUUGUCCCCAGUAACACUGCCCCGCCAAUACAAGGCACGACCGUCAUCACAACCACCAGCAGGGCCAGCACCGCCAAGACCUCUCCCCCGCUGACAGAAAGCACAACCACCAUCAUCACACCCACUCCAACAGCCCCCACCUCAGCCAGUAGCACUACCAGCACCUCCAGGACCACCACACCAACCACCACAACGUCCAAAGCCACAUCUGUGCCCACAAAAACCUCCUCUGUGAAAACGCAGACUCCAACAUCACCCACUACUGCCACCAGCCUCUCCCAGCCAGCAAGGACAACCACUACUGCCACCACGGUUGUCCCCAGUAACACUGCCCCGCCAAUACAAGGCACGACCGUCAUCACAACCACCAGCAGGGCCAGCACCGCCAAGACCUCUCCCCCGCUGACAGAAAGCACAACCACCAUCAUCACACCCACUCCAACAGCACCCACCUCAGCCAGUAGCACUACCAGCACCUCCAGGACCACCACACCGACCACCACACCAACCACUACAACAUCCAAAGCCACAUCUGUGCCCACAAAAACCUCCUCUGUGAAAACGCAGACUCCAACAUCACCCACUACUGCCACCAGCCUCUCCCAGCCAGCAAGGACAACCACUACUGCCACCACGGUUGUCCCCAGUAACACUGCCCAGCCAAUACAAGGCACAACCGUCAUCACAACCACCAGCAGGGCCAGCACUACCAAGACCUCUCCAUCUCUAACAGGAGGCACAACCACCGUCAUCACAUCCACACCAACAGCAUCCACCUCACCAACCACCUUCACUGCUAGCACCUCCAAGACCACAACCAGCUGCCUGCAGCACUGUGCCUGGACGCAGUGGUUUGACUUGGAUUCCCCUAGCCCCGGUAGCCAAAACGGAGACAUAGAGACGCUUGCAAAAAUCCGAGCUGCUGGGUAUGCACUGUGCGACGAGCCGCAAGACAUCAUGUGCCGUGCUAAAGAUUACCGUAAUAGGAGUCUGGACAAACUGGGACAGAAAAUUGAGUGCAGCCUUGACACUGGGCUUGUGUGCAGAAAUAAGGAUCAGAUCAAAAAGUACCCCAUGUGCUUUGACUACGAAAUCAAGGUGCUGUGCUGUGACCGUAACCACUGCGAGACAACAUCAGAAACAACAGGCACCACUGCAGGCUUCUCCACCACAUCUGCUCUUGCAGAAACCUCCACCACAAACACCAAAACUCCUGCACCACCAACUACUGCCUCCACCCUCCCACAGACAGCAAUGACAACCGCUACUGCAUCCACGGUUGUCCCCAGUAACACUGCCCCGCCAAUACAAGGCACGACCGUCAUCACAACCACCAGCAGGGCCAGCACCGCCAAGACCUCUCCCCCGCUGACAGAAAGCACAACCACCAUCAUCACACCCACUCCAACAGCCCCCACCUCAGCCAGUAGCACUACCAGCACCUCCAGGACCACCACACCAACCACCACAACGUCCAAAGCCACAUCUGUGCCCACAAAAACCUCCUCUGUGAAAACGCAGACUCCAACAUCACCCACUACUGCCACCAGCCUCUCCCAGCCAGCAAGGACAACCACUACUGCCACCACGGUUGUCCCCAGUAACACUGCCCCGCCAAUACAAGGCACGACCGUCAUCACAACCACCAGCAGGGCCAGCACCGCCAAGACCUCUCCCCCGCUGACAGAAAGCACAACCACCAUCAUCACACCCACUCCAACAGCCCCCACCUCAGCCAGUAGCACUACCAGCACCUCCAGGACCACCACACCAACCACCACAACGUCCAAAGCCACAUCUGUGCCCACAAAAACCUCCUCUGUGAAAACGCAGACUCCAACAUCACCCACUACUGCCACCAGCCUCUCCCAGCCAGCAAGGACAACCACUACUGCCACCACGGUUGUCCCCAGUAACACUGCCCCGCCAAUACAAGGCACGACCGUCAUCACAACCACCAGCAGGGCCAGCACUACCAAGACCUCUCCAUCUCUAACAGGAGGCACAACCACCGUCAUCACAUCCACACCAACAGCAUCCACCUCACCAACCACCUUCACUGCUAGCACCUCCAAGACCACAACCAGCUGCCUGCAGCACUGUGCCUGGACGCAGUGGUUUGACUUGGAUUCCCCUAGCCCCGGUAGCCAAAACGGAGACAUAGAGACGCUUGCAAAAAUCCGAGCUGCUGGGUAUGCACUGUGCGACGAGCCGCAAGACAUCAUGUGCCGUGCUAAAGAUUACCGUAAUAGGAGUCUGGACAAACUGGGACAGAAAAUUGAGUGCAGCCUUGACACUGGGCUUGUGUGCAGAAAUAAGGAUCAGAUCAAAAAGUACCCCAUGUGCUUUGACUACGAAAUCAAGGUGCUGUGCUGUGACCGUAACCACUGCGAGACAACAUCAGAAACAACAGGCACCACUGCAGGCUUCUCCACCACAUCUGCUCUUGCAGAAACCUCCACCACAAACACCAAAACUCCUGCACCACCAACUACUGCCUCCACCCUCCCACAGACAGCAAUGACAACCGCUACUGCAUCCACGGUUGUCCCCAGUAACACUGCCCCGCCAAUACAAGGCACGACCGUCAUCACAACCACCAGCAGGGCCAGCACCGCCAAGACCCCUCCCCCGCUGACAGAAAGCACAACCACCAUCCUCACACCCACUCCAACAGCACCCACCUCAGCCAGUAGCACUACCAGCACCUCCAGGACCACCACAACAACCACCACCACGUUCAAAGCCACAUCUGCACCUGCAGAAAGCUCCACUGUGGCAACCCACGCUCCAAUAUCUCCUACUACUGCCUCAACUCCAGCUCACUUAGGAAUUAGAAGCACCAUUGUCAGUACAGAUAUUCUUCUAACAUCUGUUUCCUUAACUGGACAAAGUACUGCCACCAUUGUUUUUCCCACAAGUUUGACUACCACAAGCAGCCCAGUAGCUACAACUGGUACGCCACAAUCAAGUCAUGUUACAGCAAGUACUUCUGCAGCCUUCAGUUCUUCCCACAGCACACCUGUCAUAACAGAAGCAAGUACAUAUGUUACAUCAAGCAGAACAACUCCAUGUUUUUGUCACGUGUUCGGUAACCUUUUUUCUCCUGGGGAAGUGGUAUACAACAGAACAGAUAGGGCUGGCUGUAAUUUUUAUGCACUUUGCAGCAAGGAAUGUGAAAUUCACCCAUUCCAGGGGCCAUGCUAUUCGACAACUCCUUUCACUUCAGGCACCUCAGAAACUACAGCACAAGCCACCUCAUCCACAGAACAUGUAUUUUCUUCUGUCUCACCAACCACAGCAACAUCCCUCACAACUUCAGUAGAAAGAAACUGUACUGAUGUCAAUCCUCCACGAAAGCCUGGAGAGAACUGGAUAAGUGAAUGCCGUAAGUGUGUCUGUGACCCCCUCAAUGCUACGGUACAAUGCCAGCCGCUCCCAUGCCAAACAGCUCAGACACCAAUUUGUGACCCAGAAUUUGCUGCUGUGACUGCACUACCACUAAAAGACACAUGUUGUCCUAAAUAUGAAUGCCGACCAAGGCCUGACUACUGUGUGAUUAAUGGUACAACGUACAAGGUUGGAGCAUCAACAGUAACCGAUUCAUGUAUGAACUGUACCUGCACUUCUGAGAUAGAUAAAGCAUCUUGGCAAAAUAUUUGGCAUUGUGAAAGAGUUCAAUGUGAAACAUCUUGCCCACCGGUGAGUUCAGAUUCUCUAGGCUGCCCAGUCAGCCCUCAAUUACAGGAAGACUAGAAUUCUCCAUCACCAACGCAACAUACUUUCAUCUCCUUGUGAGUAGGGUCAUCAGUACAUGACUGAGGAUGGAAAGUGCUGUGGGAACUGUAGUGAAGUAUUUUGCACCAUCAAACUAAGUAACAACACUGUUCGCAAGCUCGGUGUAAGUAUUCCUUUCAUUUUCACAUCUCCCUAUUAGCCAAUACUGGUUAGAACAGCUAAGAUUCAACUCAUGUCCCUUACUAGUAAAAAUCUAAUUGAUACUGAAAUUACUCUGAAAACAACAAACUAGUUUUCUGAAUUGAUGUAUUGGGUUUGCGUGGCAAGGUUUUGGUAGCAGGGGGG